AUGCCCUUUGAACCCCUUUGCUCCUGGGCCCUAACCCUUGCGGCACUCAGAGCCCCUCCUCCCUUCCGGUCCUCACACUGCCCCUGCCGCUUCUGUGCCUCCACCCGCCCCACCCGGGGACCGCGUUGUUCUCACAGCUCAGGGUUUCCCCAGGGUGCUGCCAGCUGCCCACAGUACUUGGAGUGUCCCCGCACCACACCCGUGGCUGGUGCUGCUCUCCGAAUCCCCGCCCACUCUUCCUCAGGAGCUGUGACGGAAGUUCCCUGCAGGGCUGGCUCCUAUUGCAGACCCCAGACUGGGGUCCCCCAACUCUGCCCUGGGGGGUUUGUCUGCCCCGUUGGCUCCUCCUCCUACCUCGGCCCAGGGCAACGCUGUCUGUUUCCCUAUUACUGCCCCCUGGGCAGUGCCCAUCCUCGUACGUGCCCUGGGGGCUCUGAGGCCCUGAACAGGAGCGGCCUCAGGCUCUCUGCUGGGACUUGCUGCCGGCAGUGCGAAGCUGGCACCUACCAUAGCCAGGCACUGGAUGCCCUGCCCUGCCAACCCUGUCCCGCUGGAUUCAGCUGCCCCCAAGGCUCAGAGAGUUACCAUAGCCAGCCCUGCCCGGUGGGCCACUACUGUCCUCCGGGGAUGCCCAGCCCCAAGCCCUGUCCAGCGGGGACCUAUGGAGGUCGUAGCCAGGCCAAGGAAGCCGAAGACUGCAGGCCAUGCCCUGCGGGCACCUUCAGCGCCCUGACUGGCCAGGCAGGCUGCCUUCCUUGUGGGCGCUCAGCCUUCUCCCCUCCGGGUAGUUCCUCUUGCACGUGCUGGGGCCUGAACAGGGUCUUCCAGAAGUCGGAUGGCUCCUGCAUCUGCCAGACAGGACAUGUCUCCUACGACCACGGGGACCUGGGAAGGGGCCAGGACAGCGACGGCAAAGAGGACUGCCAGCCCCAGGUCGCUGAGCGCUGCCCACCUGGAGACGUCCGCCUGGCUGCCACCCACAAGUGUGUGUCUCCGCAGACGCAUGACUGUGCCUCCUUCUGCCACCCAGGAGGUGGGGAACUCAGCGUGGACCUGGGCAUCUGCCAGUGCUUGGAGUAUGUCUCAUCAGAGGAGCUCUGUGACGUCCAGUGUCUAACCAGGGCCCCUCAGCUCUCCUUGGUCUGGGGCCCCAGCAGGGAGCUGAUUCUCAGCGUGAAGAGGGAGGCAGGAGACAUCAUCCAGAGGGUAAGCCCCUCUCAGGAAAGGCUGGCAUGGGAAGGCAGCCUCUGCCUGCUGGCGACAAGGGACGUGGGGUCACCCAGUCCCUGCAGCUGCAGAGAAACAGGCACCAAGCAUAAGGGGAAGGCCCGUUUGCCAGCAGACAGUGCCCUGCUCAGCUAGCUGUCUGUGGGCCUUUCCCUUCAUGCUGAUGCCCACCAUACAAUCCGAAAGCCAGAAGGAGCCACAGAAAGCAUGCGUGUUGCUUUACAACACAGG